CACUUUGCAAAUACCCCUUGUUUUUGGAGUUAGUGUGGGAUAGAUGAUUGCAGAGUAAAUGAUUACAGCAGCCUCUCCCAACCUGGUGCUCUCUGGCUGUUUUUGACUACAAUUCCCAUCAGUGGUAGGAGUUAUAGCCCAGGCUGGGAAGGGUGGAGAGCAGUGUAGGGUGGUGUCCUUUUGGGUUGCAGGGUGGGUGACGCGGCAUUCAAGCAGCAAUCUCUGUUGAGAGAACAGGGCUUGUGGCAAUUGACCACACAAACGUCCUCGUAUUCAUCUGUGCAAUGCUAGAGGAUGUGGAACGGUCUGCAAUCCAGGCAUGUGGCUCUCUGAGUCACUGCUUAGUAACAUGAAAUUGGUCUUCAGGGUUCGGCCCAUCAAACGGGUGGGUCAGGCUUGCAUGUGACACAUUAGCGAUGAGCUCAUGUCAAGAGUGCUCACCCUCCCUCCACGAGUCCUUGCAAAUGCAAGGCGGAACAUAGCAAGCUUGCCUUGUGCAGAUCAGAUCGUGGGCCACUCUAGUCCUGUGGUGCCUACCUGGGACUGGCAGCGGCUCCCCACCGUCUCCGAGAGGCCAUUCCCAGCAGAUGGACCCUGCGAUCGUAGGAACACAGGACGCCAUCUUGCACUGAGCCAGACCCUUGGUCUACCUGGAGCCAAGCCUGGGACCUUCUGCAUGCACAGCAAGGGCCCUGACACUGAGUUAGGAUCUCUCCCCAACCAGAGGAAACACUAUUAUUUAGUGGAAGACAACAUGCUUUGCCUGCAGAAGAUCCUUGGUUCAGACCCUGACGUCUCCAGGGUAGGGCUGGGAAUGCCGUCUGCCGACAACAAACGUGUAGACGCUGUGCUGUUAUGAUACGCUAGGCUGAAGCACCAGCCCCCACAGCAUAAGCCACAGAUGGGGCAGCAGUUGUCCAGGUGCAGUUGGACCCCACAAUCCCAUCUGCCCUAAAUCAAACUGUAUUGCUUGGCUCCUGUUGGGAAGGUUUUGUGCGUUUUUUAACUGUAAAGAUUUUAUCUGUUUUUAUAACUGUGUUUUCUAUAGCUUGGGUCUUAUGGUGGAGGGUGGGUCAGAAAUCUUGAAAUAAAUAAAUAGCCAACAUCAUCUAAUCUCCCUGCAAACAAAUCGGGGUGAAUGCUCAAUAAACAGGUCAUUUGGAAGCGCCCUCCCCGUCGCGAGUGAGCGAGAGAGCUUUGAGCUCAGAAGAAGCUGAUCAGUCAAACUAGAGCUGGCUAGUGUUGCAUUAAGCGCCAGCUCUUGCAAGUCAAGCAGCACUGCUGGUCAUUCUCUACCAGACAGAUUUGGAUCACAAAGGGCUGCACCCAGUGUUAGCCCUGCUCAGGAUAAGCCUAUUGAAAUUAAUGAACAUGAGUAGCUUUAGUCCAGUGGGACUACUAUAAAUAAAAUUUAGCUGAAUAUAACGAAACGUUUUUGGAGUGGGCUGCGUUUAAACAUUUGAUUUGCAAAAUGGGCUUCCAAGGCAGGAGAUGAUGGGGAAGGAACACAGCAAAGAACCUUUGGUUGAACCUCUCCCGGCCCCCAGUUCUUUAAUAUGGCUCUCCAGAUGUGGUUGGGCUCCAUUAGAAGUCAGCAUCGUUCGGGGAUAAUGAUGGAGGUUGGAGUCCAGCAACAACGGGAGGGCUGCAGGUUCCCCAUCCCUGCAUAACAAGGCGUCAGAGUUGUGGUGGAGGUAGCCAGGGGCAGUGAAGGCAAGUGAUGGUCAAGCUCAGGGAUGGGGAACCUGGUGACUGUCCAGAUAUUGCUGGACUACAACUCCCAUCAGCCCUGGCAGCCGGCAUGGCCAAAAGUCAUGGAGGAUGAUGGGGGUUGGCGUCUAGCAACAUCUGGAGGGCCACAGAUGUCCCCCAGUUCUGGUUUAAUGGCUCUGCAGUAAUGAAAAGAGGUCUUUGCUUUUGUGGUGGUCACCUGCUACCCCCUUUCCUGCCUUACAACCUAGGAAGCUGCCCUCUACUGAAUCAGACGCUUGGUCCAUCUUGUUCAGUAUUGCCUACCUUGACUGGUAGCAGCCCCAGGAUUUCAGGCGGGGAGUCCUUCCUAGCCCUACCUGGAGGCGCUGGACGUUGAACCAGGGGACCUUCUGCGUUCAAAGCAGGGGCUCUACCUCACGUUGUCUCCAGCUAAGUCCUCAGAGUAGAGCCCUUGAAAUGAAAGGACCUACGUCGGCCAUGUCCGUCAACUCCAAUGGGUCUUCUCUGAGUAGGGCUGGUGUUGGAGACAGCCUGCAGUCUGCCCCUAAAAGCCAUCAUGGUCUGGGGUGGUGAGCAUGAUGCUCUGAGUUGAUGGGUCGCUAUUAUUCAAGAGCCUGGACUGUUGCUUUUUAAAGGAAGAAAGAAAGGUGAUGGCUGACCAAAAGACACACGCACGAGCAGACACAAUUGCACAGCUCUUGAAGGAGCAAAACGUGGUCCCCGCGUUUUCAUUGGGCUGACUUUGGACAGAGGCAGGAUGGAGAUGCUUCCAUGCGACUGGGCGCCUGGGGGUGGGAGAGGGAGGAGUGUGUGUGUGCGUGCACGUGCCUGUGUGUGUGUUUGGUCAGCCCAGAUUUCACGUUGAUGGGGGAUUUUUUUUAUUUUUUGCUCUGAUCUGCUGUUUUCUUUCAGAUGAAGAAUUUCGCGAACUUUCCGGGAUUUGGAAACACGACCAGGGCAGGGUGCAAAACACACUAGUAUAUAUCAGUACACCAAGAAGCUGUUCCUGAGUGAGCAGGCUGGCCGGGCGCAGGUGGUGGAGUUCAUGCGCAAGAAUGUCGCCAAUUCCAUCUCCAUGGCCAACCUCGUUAUGGGCCUCUCCUCUGUCCUCUGUAGCCUGAAUGGGCAAUAUCAUUAUGCGUGCUGGCUGGUCCUGAUUGGAUUCCUGCUUGACCUUGCAGAUGGUGCUGUUGCCAGGCAGCUGAAUGCUUGUUCUGCUUUGGGUGCCAAGCUGGAUGAUUUCGCUGACUUUACCUCAUUUGGCCUGGCCACCGCCCUCCUCCUACAAGCCCAUGGAAUCCUCGACGGGCUGCUGGUGAUCGUGUACGUGCUGGCUGUCUUCACGCGCCUGUGCUUCUUCUCCAGCGGGAUCCCUUUCAUGUAUCGGGGGCUGCCCUGCCCUUACGGAGCAUCUGUGCUGGCGGCCACCUACCUCCUAACUGGGGGCAACCUGGUGGUGAUGCGCAUCAUUGCCAUGGUGAUGAUUCUGUUCAUGGUGGACCAGGGCUUCUACCCUCACGACAAGGUGCUGGAGUCCCAGUCUUGGAAGAAAGCCAUCUUUGCAGGAGGAAUUCUGAUGGUGAUGUUUUCUGCCUCCCACUUUGCUUCGCUAUACUAUCUGAUUUGGUCCACAUCGUACAUCUUCUUUCCUACGGCCCUGUGGAGCCAUAAAGUCUAACCUCGCCCGUGUGGUCUUGUGCGUGGAUUGACAACAGCUUUACGCCACGCUGCAGCCGCUCGCCCAGGCCAGCCCUUCCAGGGAGCUGAAACUGGUGGAAGCCAGUGUUAACCUCCGUGCGUUGCUUAAAGCCUUACUAAAGCUUUCCAUCACCCUGACUCAAACGUAAUGGUUGUGAGGUCUCUGCAGUUGCGAUUUCCAUCCUGGGCAGACUUGGGUUCCUGGGGAGCACUGUGGCGUCCUUCCCUGGUUCUCCCUGUCAGGUUCCCACCUGCUUGUGGCUACUGCCUUUCACUAGGCACCACCAGGGAUACCACCAGUCUGGACCAUCCUUUAUAUGGUUUCUCACUCUGCUCUAGCACAGAUCUCACUAGAUCCCCCUGCUAGGCAGCACCACCAGUCACGUCCUAUAACCAAUACUCCCAGAGACUUUGCCUGAGUCUCUCUCUAGCUGGUUACUUUUGUGACUGUGUGCUUAUGCUGUUCCCAACCCCCUUGUAUCUUUAUAGAUAACGCAUACAACUUUGGGUUGCUCUGGAUACUUGAAUUGUUAUUAUUCCUCCCUUCACCGCUGCCACCAUUAGAUACUGUUUCUGUUCAGCCUUGGUAAUUACCUUGCCCUCCCUUCUGGUAUGUAUAUCCCCCAGCCAAGGAUCAGGCCUUUGGUAAACCAAAUAAGUAUUUAUUAAAUAUCAGAAAUAACAAGAUUAGUUUUAGAAUGUUUCACAAGCGUAUGGUUUCAUCUAUUCCUGUUUUGUACUUGACUUAUUAUUAAUCAGAACUCCAACUCCCUUUCUCCACACUCCUGACCUUCACCCUCAAACACCUCUUUCUUCACACUCCCAACAUCCACCUAGAUUCAACUGUCAUUCUUCCAUUUAUACUCCCAGCCAUUCAAACGCUCAGCCAAUCAUCCAGCAUUCUACUGCUCAUGUACUCCCCCCUCCUCUUUCACUCCACUUACCAUGUAUCUUCUAUACAAACAGCACUUACCAUAUUUACACUAUAAGCAGGAACAUCACAUUCCCCCCCCUUAAAAUAACAGCAAAGUGUUAUUCCUGCUCUAGGAUUCAUACGACACGUUAACAAUAAAAAACAAGUCUCUUUGGGGAAAACGUCUUUUUUGCACCCACGUCUGGGUCACGUCACUGCAGUCCUGGCCACCUGCCUUGAAAGUCCAUCGGCCAAUACGUUGUCCUUGCCUUUUAUGAACUUGAAGUCCACCUGGUAAUCUUGUAGAGCCCAGGACCACCUCUGCAGCAUAGUGUUAUGAUUUAGUCUGUAACCAUAACAAUGCUCGAUGAUCCGUUGUCACUGUAAAUCUUCGUCCCCACACGUAUGGGCGCAACUUGCUCAGUCCCCACACGACUGCUAGGCACUCCUUUUGGACCGAAGAAUAAUUCUUCUCCCUCGAUGUCAGCUUGCGACUAAGAUACGCCACUGGAUGUCUGGUGCCUCCUCCCUCUUGUAGCAAGACGACUCCCAGCGCUUACCAUAUUUACACUAUAAGUAGGAACAUCACAAGCACAACGGUUGAUUUGGUUAACACUCCGAGCCUCAACUUUGAUGUAGAUAUGAAUAUACAGAUUCUUUAUAUGCAUGCUGUAUAUAUAUAUAUCUGUAUGUAUGUAUAGAUUUGAAGAGGAUAAAUUUGUUUUUUAGAUUUUUA